UCCUCCUCCAUCCUCGCCGACCGCAGCACGUCUGGGCCAAGCCGCCGCAUCCACCUCGCCUCGUCAGCCAUCCGCGCGCCGCGUGUGGCUCCUGCGCCGCCUGUCUCCUGAUCGCCGCUGCGCGCCCGCAUGGCUGCCGUCGAUCUUCCCUUUAACGACGCCUACCUCUCCUCUCUGCACGAGAGCCGCAACGCGCGCAAGCUCCUCGAGCGCCAGACCCGUGCCGCUGCCGCCGCGGGUGACUCUGCCGCCAUGUCCGCUGCCGCGCCCACGGCGCCGGCUGCCAGCAGCAGCAGCAUCGCCGACAGCACUGCCGGCGCCCAGCCGCCGAGCCUGCUCUCGGCCGCCGUGCCCUCGCUCGGCGCAGCCACCGCCGGCGAGGGGACGGGCGACCUCUCCGUCUCGGACGCGGCGCUGCUCUCGUCGGUGCCGACGCCGCUGCUGCGUCUCCUCGUGCUGCUGGCGCCGCUCAUCGCCGUGACGGCGCAGUUCGUGCGCCUGGCCACGUGGACGGGCGGCCCGGGCACCGGCUCGCACUCGUUCCUCCUCGUGCUGAGCUGGUGCCUCGUGUGCCUGUACGGCUACGAGGUGCUGCGCUUCGCCCCGCACCUCGUCGUGCUCGCCGUCAUGGCCACGACGGGCCUCGCCGGCGCCGUGCGCGGCCGUCCCGUGCACUCUGCACGGCGCAAGACGCUCAGCGCGCCUGCGCUCAACGCCAUCCUCGCCGACGUCUCUGAGCUGGCCGACUUUGCCAGCACGCUCUCGACGCAGCUCGUCGCGCCGCUCGUGGCGCUGCUCUCGUGGCGCGCCGCCAACCCGGCACACUCGCGCCGCCUCGCCAUCUUCCUCAUCACCACGUGGCCCGUGUGGCUGCUCUGCUUCUCGCCUGGCCUCUGGGACGCGGCACGCCUGCCGCGCAUCGGCCUGCAGGCUGGCGAACGCUUCCGCCUAAGCGGCCUCAGCCUGGCGCAGCGCCUCUGGGUGCACGUCAAGGCGGCACAGCUCGAGGCCAAGGUUGCGCGUGCGCUGCGUCUGCAGGGCUCGCUGGCCGAGACGCCCGUCGGUCUCUUCUUCACGCGCUUGGUGGGCGCCACCACGCCGGUGCGCUCGGCGUUGACGCGCACGCUCUCGCUGCCGCUGCUCGCCCCGCGCGGCGGACACAUGCCGCACAUUGCGCUGCUGCCGCCGUGGCCGCUCUUUGCGCUGACGCUGCGGCACGCGCUCCUCGCUGCCGGCACGCUCGCCCUCACUUGGUGCGCGCCGUGGGCGGCGCUCAUCCGCCACGCCCUCUGGCGCAGCGCCACGGUGCGUCGCUCCGUGCUGGCCGUGCUGCGCAUCCUCUCCGGCGAGCCGCGCUCGGCCUUCGGCACUGGUCGCGUGCGCCAGAACGUCAAGCACGACGACGAUGACGAUGUGCCGCAUGCCUUCCGCGCUGCUACCCGCCAGACGGCGGCGGAGAAGGGCGCCAGCGAUGUCACGCGGCACGAGGACGUCGAGUAUCAGUUCACCAUCUACGAGAACCAGCGGUGGUGGGUGGGUCUCGACUGGACCGCUGCGCUGCUGCCGCAAGAACGCCCUGCUUGGUCCGACGACUCGAACAACCCGGUCUCUCCGCCCUCCUCCUUCUCUCUGCCGCCGGCUCGCGUCACGCUCAAGCCGUCGCCGACGCGCGAGAACCCGGAGGCAUACACGCGGCGCCUCGUCAAGUGGCAGUGGAUCGACGCAGAGUGGAGCGUGGCCGGGCGCGAUGCGUUCCCGGGCUCGCUCAGCGACGACGGCGACCGUGCCUCGGCAGCCGGCAUGCGCCAGGGCUACCUCGGCGAUGCAAUUGGCCGCCUGCGUGCCGGACGCCGCACCUCGGUCUCGAGCGUGACGCAGACGCCCACGAGCGCUGCGAGCGGCACGUUUGAGAAUGCGCAGAACGACGUGUCCGGCAUGCCGAGCAGCGCAACAGACUCCAGCCUCUCUGCGCGCCGCACGAGCCAGGCAUCGACGACGGCCGAGCUGCCGGCGGACCUGGCCGUGCUGGACGUCGACGUCGACGGCUGGCAGUACGGCGACAAUGCGUGGGAGAAGAUGAGCCGCAAGUCGGGCAUGGGCCGCUACACGCGCCGCCGACGCUGGGUGCGCCGCGCCGUGCUCGUCGAGCUCGUGGAGCGCAACUACGUGCCCACGGAGAAGGAGCGCCUCGAGGCGGCCAGCAGCGCCGGCGGCGCCGUCGAGCUCAGCUCUGCCUCUGCAUCGUCGCUCGCGCGCAUCGACGAGGGUGCCAGCACUGCAGUGGCCUCCCCGCAGGCGCUCCCUGCCGCCACCUCGCCGCCCGCAUCGCCGUCUGCGGACCGCGGCGACCUGCGGCAGCGUCUCGCGCGCGCCGCAGCCAGCGCCGGCGCCUCGGGCGAGCCUGGCUCGCCGCGAAGCUCGUGAGGCGAAGACGCUUCCGUGUCUGCUCCUGCUGCGCUCAAAAUCCAUCGCCACACCCAAUGCAUGCAUGCGCAAAGUAGGCGAAUGCGGGUAGCUUGUGCGUGACUAGUGUUACAUGAUGCGACGAGAACGGAUGACGGCCAGAGACUGUGGUGCGUGCUGCGGGCAAGCGGAGGCAGCU